AUGGCAAUGACUGAGCCUCAAUGGAACACGCUCACGACGCUUUGUUCUGAAAAUGGCUGGUCUUACGUCAUAUUCUGGCGCAUUCAUCCACAAAAUUCCUUGUUGUUGAGCGUGGAAAAUGUAUAUUAUGGAGAUCAAUUGGGAGAAGAGAUUGUCAACACGCUUCCAAAGGUUCACUUGAUGGGCGAAGGAUUUGUUGGUCAAGCUGCUUUGACCGGCAAGCACAGAUGGGUGCACUCAGAUGCUCCAACUGAAGAAUUGAGUGUGACUGGGUUGCACAUUUUUGAGGAUGAUUCUUGCUUGUAUCAACAGUUCUCUUCUGGGAUAAAGACAGUUGCGGUGAUAUCUGUUAAACCAUGCAGAGUGGUACAAUGUGGAUCCAAAGAGAAGAUUUUGGAGAGAUUGGAAUUUGUGGAAAAGACACAACGGUUGCUGAUGGGGAUACAAGAUGAUGAAGAAAAAUUAUAUGGUUGGAGUCUCAAAUAUGUUGACGGUGAUAACUCCAAAAUGUUUUUGGGAAUGACAUACUCCUCUGCAAGUCUUGAUGAUUCCUCCCCAAUCAUGGAUAAGAAUCUCAAAGAAGGGAUGAUUCCCAUCCAUGGAUAUUCCUCUCAUCUUGGUGACCAACAGACAUCUACCAUAGCAGCUCACAUACUCUCCUCGGAUAAGGAUAAUACCAAUUCUUCUAUCACCAACUUAAUUGCUAAAAAUCCCAGUUUUGGGACAUGGAGUGGUGAAGUUUCAUCAUUGGAGUCACUGGGGAAGCAACUGGUAUCUGAAAUAAGGACUCAAGAUGUUGAAGAUGUGCACGGCAAAAUGGAAAAUGCAUUUUCUUGUGACAAACUUGCAGUUCAGGAUUCAGAAUUGACCUCAUUAUAUAGUAUGCAUGGACUGUUAGGCACAUUUCAAGACCAAAUAGGAAAUUCACCGGGUAUCCAACAUUCUGCUCAAUCUAGUAUUGUAACAGAUAGUUUAAGUAUGGUACAUGAACUAUCCAAGGACUUACAGCCAGUUGAUAUGUUAGAAGAACUUUUCAAGUUCUUCUCCAUGGAUGAUCUCUGCCAAUUGUUAGCUCCUUCUCCAGAGCACAGCAUUUAUGGAACCGUGACUGCAUUGGAUAAGUCACUAGAACUUAAUCCUACAUCUUUUGGUGUGGUUAGUAGUAGUGGUGCCCUUGAUGAUGAAGUUCCAGUCACAUGUCAAGCUCCUCAUAGUUCCCUCAUAACUGCAGCAAACUUGGACGGUCAAGAAACAUCUACAUUUAUGCAUAGUUCUGGAAACAGUGCCUUGGACAGCAUGGGAAUUGAUUUGAGCUGUGACCAAGCUGAGGAUUGGUGGGGCAGUAUGAGUACUGCUGCCACUGACACUGCUUUCUCUGAUUGCAUAGGUGGUUCAAGGAAAAGAUUAUUCUCGGAAUUAGGAAUUGAAGAGCUUUUGAAUGGUUCCAAUUUUGAAGAUCAAUUAUCAACCAAUAGGAAGAGGGUUGUUCCAGCACAUGAGCAGCCUCAAAAGUCAGUGGAACACAAUAAGGUGACAAGGAAGAGGGCUAGGCCAGGGGAAACAACUCGACCGAGACCUAAAGAUCGUCAGCAAAUUCAAGACCGUAUUGAAGAAUUGAGAGGGAUCAUCCCGAAUGGUGGAAAGUGUAGCAUUGAUCAUCUGUUAGACCGAACCAUCAGAUACAUGCUCUUCUUACAAAGCAUCACAAAGUACGCAGAUAAGCUAUAUGAACCCAAUGAGCCUAAGCUAAUUGAGCCCAAAAAUGAAGAGGUUCUAAAAGAUAGUAGCAUGGGAGGUAGGAAAAAAUGUGAUGGUGGUAUUACAUGGGCAUUUGAAGUAGGAGGUCAAACAAUGGUAUGCCCAAUUAUAGUUGAGGACAUGGGUCCACCUGGCCAAAUGCUUAUAGAGAUGCUUUGGGAAGAGCAGGGUUCCCUCCUUGAGAUGGUGGACAUCAUUGGGGGCUUUGGGUUGAAUAUAUUGAAGGGAAAGAUGGAAAUCAGGGAGAAAAAAAUAUGGGCACGCUUUAUUGUUGAGACACCUAGAGUGGAUUCAGCUAAUAAGCAUUGUAACAUUAGUGAUGCUGGUUUUUCCUCAAUGAGCAAUUAUGGGAAAACAGACAUGCCACUACUACCCAUUGUCAUGACAGAGACACUUGGAUGA